AUGGCUACAAACUGUGCUAGUUGCCAUUCAUUGGUAAAUCGCUCGAAGCCAGGUAUACCGUGCGAUGGUUUUUGUGAACAGUCUUUUCACAUUUCUUGUGUGGGAAUUCCAUCAGAUGUAUUGAAGAUAAUAAAAACACCUGGUUUAUUCUGGUACUGUCCUACAUGCUCUCAGCAGAAAAAAGAUUUUGAUCGAGUAUUUAUCAAAAUUGAUGAUAAAGUAGAUACACUUAUUGCUGAUGUUUAUAAUAUUUUCUCCGAGGCUAAAGGUCAUCUGAUAAAUAAGGUUGAUGAAACUUUGGAACAGACUGUCUCACAAAGGGUCCCGGGUCCAAGUGCCUCAUAUGCAAAUACCUUGAAAAAGACUGUGAACGUGAUUGUUACGCCAAAAAACAAUGAUCAGUCUCAUUCUGCUACGAGGCUUAGAAUUAGUCAGUCUGUUGACCCUGUAGAUAACAAUAUAAGAUUUUCUCAGGUGAAAAAUAUAAAAAACGGUGGAAUACUGAUCAAAUGUGAAGGUUCGGAUGAUGCCAAUAAACUGAAGGAUUUGGCGUCGCGGCACCUUUCUGCCGAUUAUGAGGUGAUGGAGGUGAGGAAGUUCAACCCGCGCUUAAAAAUUGUUGGAAUGUCUCAGUGUAUCGAAAAAGAGGAGUUGUGUACAAUGCUGAAAUCUCAAAAUAAUGCGUUUCAUGCUGAAAGUGAGUGUAGUGAUUUAAAAGUUUGGCCAACAAAAAAAUCAGCUACUGUUUAUCAAGCUAUUUUAGAUGUAGAUUGUACUACUUAUGCUAAUGUUCUCAAACAAGGUAAGGUCCUUGUCAAUUAUGAUAGUUGUGCGGUUUAUGACGCAAUCAAUUUAAAAUUGUGCUUCAAAUGCUGUGGGCUGAAUCAUUAUGCAAAAAAUUGUAGAAGUAGUAGUCAAACCUGUGUAAAAUGCUCUUUGGAUCAUAAAGUGUCUGAUUGUCGAUCUGUCAAUCUGAAAUGUAUUAAUUGUGUAAACGCCCGUCAUUCAAAAACAGAUCACGCUGCCUGGGAUACAAAUCAAUGUACAGUAUACAAAAAUAAAUUAAAUGAAUACAAAAAAUCUAUAAUCUAUAACAGGUGA